AUGAAUUCUGUCGAUGCCUCCGAGCAUUACGACCUUGGAACCACCGACCUCGCACCCUCUCUCCUCACAAUUGUCUUCGACACCAACCCCCAUGCCUGGGCGGCCCUAAACCAAUCCCUCCCACUAUCCAAUGCCGUCGCGAACCUCCUCGUCUUCAUCAACGCCCACCUCGCCUGCAACUACGCAAACGAGGUCGCAGUCGUCGCCUCACACAGCCAAAAGGCAGCAUGGCUAUAUCCCUCCCAACAUGACACACCAUCCACCACCACAGCCGAUGGCGACGGCGACGUCGCAAUGAACGGCUCAACACCAACCCAAACGAACAAAUAUCGCCCCUUCCGCAUCGUCGAAGAACAAGUCACAAAAAACCUCAAAGAUCUCAUGGAUUCAACCAGCAGCGACGACCUACGAGGAAACACAUCAACAAUGCUCGCCGGCGCUCUCACCCUGGCCCUAAGCCACAUCAACCGGCGCACAAUCGCCUGGGCCGAAGAGCACGGCGGCGCCGACCUCGAAGACGCCGCAGCGGAAGGAGGAGGCGGUAGUGGUGGGCCUACGUCCGGAGCAGGCCGACACUCCGCCGCAAAUGAAGACGAGCGACUCCAAAGCCGUAUUCUCAUCGUUUCCGUCAGUGGAUCCAGCGAUUCCGCGCACCAGUAUAUCCCCGUCAUGAAUGGUAUCUUCGCCUGUCAACGCCUCCAAAUCCCCAUCGACGUGUGCAAGAUUAGCGGCGACGCGGUUUUCCUCCAACAAGCCUCCGACGCGACCAAGGGCGUGUAUAUGGCUCUGUCCGAACCGCGCGGUCUUUUGCAGUACUUGAUGAUGGCGUUUUUGCCGGAUCAGCGCUCGCGUCAUCAUCUGGUUUUGCCUACGCGGGUUGAUGUUGAUUUCCGCGCUGCUUGCUUCUGUCAUCGUCGGGUUGUGGAUAUUGGGUAUGUCUGUUCUAUCUGUUUGAGUAUCUUUUGCGAACCGCCUCCGAACAACGAGUGCUUGACUUGUGGGACUAUUUUGGAUAUUGGGGAUUACGGUGGUAAGCCUGCGCUUAUUCCGCGAAAGAAGAAGAAAAAGAAGCGUGUCAAUGGGACUUCGGCGGCUGGGACGCCUAUGUCAACGCCUACGCCUGGUCCUUGA